AUGACCUUUAUGCUAACCGAAAAUAGGAAGCGAUUUAGAGAAAUGACAGCUAUCGGGAAUACAGAUGAUGCACUUCAAAAUGUUGCAGCCGCAAGUAAAGAAAAUAGUAGAGGUAGGUUACGGGUCCAAAAAGCUUGCGAACUCUGCAAGAAAAGGAAAGUCAAGUGUGAUGGUAAUAAGCCUUGUUUGAAUUGCUUCAAACAUCAAAAAGAGUGCCGUUAUGAAUUCAAAGCCACUAAUCGUCGAAGAAGAAGGCGACAGGCAACUUCGCCUAUACAGAACGUUAAUGAAGAGUAUACCGAGAUCGAUGAAACUUUCCCUAAAGAUGUACUUAGUAAAUCAAAUACCAACAUAAACCCUCCUUCAGAUUGCCUUUCCUCAUCUGCUGAGAACUCCCCAUAUUCCAAUUCACAUUAUCAGAAUUUACAAUCCACCUUACCCUUUAUGGAUGCAAGGCCCAAUCACACAUUCACUUCCACAGCCAAUGUAAAUAGAGAGAAUAGCAACGCCUUUGUUGAGGAUCACAUGGCUAAAUUGCUAUUACAGUUAGGUUCAAAACUGAGAAAUACUGCAAAUGAAUCGUUGAAAAUCGACAAAAACAAUGAUAAUGAUAUGAAUACAAAUCUAACGACGGUGAACAUGAACAAUAAUCAAGUAGGCAGUAAAAACAGCCACGGAUACGACAUGCACGGUUCUUCAGGGGCCCUUGAUAGUAACAACAUUACCUCUGAAAAAAAUGAGAUGCUUAGUUGUCAAAUCACUAGCAUGGUCAAUAGCCAUCUUCAAUCACCCUGGCAGACGUUUUCUUUAGACAAGUACAGGUUUCACAGACGCUACCAAAAUAUUCUACCCUAUUAUCUUGGUACAUCUAUCUUGAAAGAUUUGUCGCCAGAAACAGUAGACCAAGCAAAACUGAAGCGGCCAAGAGUUCAAAACUAUGGUUGGAACCUAUCUGGUGGCCAUUAUUUGAAAUACAACGCAGACUUCAAAAGUCAAGGUGAACAUAUAAGGCAUGAGUCCAAAUUCUUCAACUUUGAUGACCCUGUUCAUUUAUCUCUAGUUAAUAAAUUAUUAAGGUACUAUUUCGACAAAAUCAAUCCUCUUUUCAGUAUAAUUCACGAAGCAACAUUUUGGCAACAAUAUAACAAUAAGUUUCUACGGCAAGGCAAACAAAAUAAUUCGUCUGCGAAGUUAUUCACCUCCAUACUUUAUCUCAUUUUAUCUACCACAUUACGAUUUAUGGAAGGUCAUUUAAAUAACGGGAAAAGAGAAGAAAACCAUAGUGACUCAUGCCUAAAUAUCACUUUCGAAGAGGAAUCUGUCUUGAACAGGAAGCCUUUAAUAGAGGAAAGAAUGUUCAAAUACGCUUAUUCGAUAAUCAGCACGUUAACCUUUGAAUGGGAAUCAUUUGAAUUGAUACAAUCGUGGCUGUUGAUAGCUUUCUACUUUAGAACUUGUUAUAGACAAACGGCGUGCUGGAACGCGUUAAGCCAAGCGGUGAAUAUGUGUAAUGGAAUGAGUUUGUAUUUGAACAAAUUUCCUGAGAUCCACUCUACCUACGAUGAAUCUAAGGCAUGGCACUGCUUCUGGUGCUGUUUUAUUAUGGAUAAGUUAAUAAGUUUCCAAAUGGGUCGGUUUUACCAGUUAUCAUUACCAGCUAGUGAGAUGUUUGAACAGAUGAAACUAGUGAAAUCAAAGAAAUUUUUACAAGACGAAGACGAUUGGUUUCAUGAAGAAACCUUCCAAAUGCUAGACUUAUCCAUAAUAGUGACAGGGUUUUUGAAAAGAGAUGCACAAGAUUUAAGUUUGAACGAGACUGUACAAUUACGGAGUCAACUCGGUCAAUGGUAUGACACUUUUAUAGCAGGUAAUGACAUUAAUGCAUAUUGCGGAAUUUAUCAUGGGUUCUACAAGGUUCAACCUCUCAUGACAUACCUAGAUAUAAGUAUGACUUUUGAAAUCAGACAAUUAUUCUGUUUAGUAGCCCCUUCCUCUAAUGCGAAAAGCAAAUCCUUAGCCUUAGAAUAUGCAGUAGAUACCCAGUUAUUAAUAUCUCAUUGCCAAGUUGCUACUGAAAAUUUGGUUCAAAUUACAAAAAACAAUGUUUUCUUUAUUCCUUGGUGGCUCAACCUUUCACAACUUUUCACAGUUAAUUUAAUUUGUAUCAUCUACAUGCACGCGGGGAUUGCCAUAACACAAAGUAAAGCAAUUAUGCAAAGUUGCAACCAAAUUUGGCGAACUUUAGAAAAUUCUAAGCCCAAAAACUUUCCUUCAAUGCUUCCCGAGUGCUUAUGGUGUUUGAAGAUGCUAAAUCAUAUGUUCUGUAUACGAUUGAGGGAUUCUGCUUUACAACUGGAAACUUUUCUCGGCACUGACCAUGGUGAUGACACCCCUAACAGAAACAAAUUUGAGCAGUUCAAGAAAGUCGGUGAUCACGAUGCCGACGUUGAAGUUGGCACAAAUAAAAGAGAGGAAGAAAAUGUGAACGUGAAACAAGGAAACCCACUGAGGAAUAAUGGAAAAGUUCCAUUAGCUACAAGAUCUCAUAAUACCACUGCUUUUAGUGGUUCAGUGGGGACUUCUCCGGCAAGUCGAAUACCAAAUGUCGCUAAAAAUAUUGGAUUGCCUUCGGAGGUUAUUGAUGCUGUCAGUAAUAUACAAGACUCUCCGGAUGUGUUUGACGAUGAUUUAUUUUCUAAUUUACUAUGGUUUGACCAAAAUUUUGCAUGA